AUGUUCACGAAGAGCAACAUACCAGAGCUCUUCAAACAGUAUGCCCCUCAUCUCGAUCCAGCCCCCUACUUGGCGGCAGCACAUGUCUUCCCGAUGAGGGUAAAUAAUCAUGUAGCAGAAUCUCUCGUCGACUGGAAAAAUGUGCCAGAGGAUCCCAUGUUCCAACUGGCAUUCCCUCAGCCGGCGAUGUUGCAUCGUCCGGACCUGGAGAGGAUGAUGCAUGCGUCCCGGACUGGCAUCCCCAAAGCCGGUCUUCAACAACUUGCUGAAGAGAUCCGGAUGGAGAUGAACCCGCACCCGGCCAACCAGAAGACGGAGAACGUCCCGAAGCUUAACGGCGAGGAGCUCCCCGGCAUGCAGCACAAGUACCGCGAGACGGUCCUCUUCUUCCCUUCCGAGGGUCAGUUCUGCCACGCCUUUUGCACGUACUGCUUCCGGUGGGCGCAGUUCACCUCGGUCGGCUCCGCGCAGACCUUCAAGUCCAGCAACGCGGGUCAGCUCCGCAACUACAUCGCCAAGAACCGCCAGGUUCGCGACGUUCUGUUCACGGGCGGCGACCCGAUGGUAAUGCCGGUGCGUCACCUGGCCGGGUACCUCGACCCUCUGAUCGCGAACGACACCGAGGACCUCGCCCAUCUCGACACGAUCCGAAUCGGCUCCAAGUCGCUCGCCUGGUGGCCGUACAAAUACACCACCGACGGCGAGGCGGGCGAUGUGCUGCGCCUGUUCGAGCGCGUCGUCCGCUCGGGCCGCCAGCUCGCCUUCCAGGCCCACUUCAGCCACCCGCGCGAGCUGGAGCACCCGGCCGCGCAGGAGGCGAUCCGGCAGAUCCGCAUGACGGGCGCCCAGGUCAGGGGCCAGGCGCCCUUGAUCCGGCACGUCAACGACAAGCCAGAGGUCUGGCGCCGCAUGUGGGAUCUGCAGGUGAAGCUGGGGGUCGUCCCAUACUACAUGUUCGUCGAGCGUGACACCGGCGCGUCCCACUACUGGAACGUGCCGCUGGGCCGCGCCCACGACAUCUUCAACACCGCCUACUCGCAGCUCUCGGGCACGGCGCGCACCGUGCGCGGGCCGUCCAUGUCUGCCUCCCCCGGUAAGGUCGGCGUCGUCGGCGUCGAGAACAUCCGGGGCGAGGACGUCUUCUUGUUGAAGUUCUGGCAGGCGCGGGACCCGUCCUGGAUCGGCCGCGUAUUCUUCGCCAAGUAUGACCCGGAGGCCACAUGGCUGAGUGAUCUGGUGCCUGCGUUUGGCGAGAAGGAGUUCUUCUUCGAGCCGCGGUAUAGGGAGCUUGUAAAACGGACCGGCGAGGGGUCUUCCGGGCAGCUUUCGGAUUGA